UUGGCCAUGCACCUAGGCAGGUUUGCUCUCCUCGAAGCUGCGGGGGAUCUAUAAAGUCCUCUGGGAUGUAUGGUCCAGGUGGAGGGUCCAUUGUGGGAACUUUGAGUUAUGGGGGACCAUAUGGUCUGGGUGGAGGGUCUGCUGCAGGAAACUUUGCAAGUGGUGGAUUGUGUAGCUUUUCCAGUGGUGGAGGGCCCGGUGUGGGAAUAUUCUGUACUGGGGUAGCUUGUGGGGCCAAAUCAAGCUGGGGUGUCAUUGGAGGAGGCACUGCUGGUUGCUUUCACAUCCACAGUCCUGGCACUGCUGUAUGCAAUAGCGGACUCCUGUCUGGUGGUGGAAAAGAAACGAUGCAGAAUCUUAAUGACCGCCUGGCCUCCUACCUGGCUAAAGUACGUGCUCUGGAAGAGGCAAACAGUGAUCUUGAACAAAAAAUCAGAAACUGGUAUGAAAAAUUUGGACCACACAAUGAUGGAGGACCACGUGAUUACAGCAAAUAUUAUACAACAAUUGAUGAGUUUCGAAAUAAGAUCCUUUCAGUAAGUGUUACCAAUGCUGGCAUUAUUCUACAGAUAGACAAUGCCAGGCUGGCAGCAGACGACUUCAGAAUGAAAUACGACAAUGAGACAUUCCUCCGUCAGAGUGCUGAAGCAGACACCAAUGGGCUGCGCAGAGUUCUCAAUGAGCUGAUUCUGUCCAAAAGUGAUCAGGAAAUGCAGAUUGAAAGUUUUACUGAAGAGCUGGUCUUCCUCAAGAAGAACCAUGAAGAGGAAAUAAAAGGUUUGCAAGGCACAGCGUCUGGCAAUGUCAAUGUUGAAAUUAACACCAUUCCAGGAACCAACCUAACCACACUAUUGAACAAGAUGCGAGCAGAGUACGAGUCGCUGGCAGAGCAAAAUCGUAAAGACGCCGAAAGCUGGUUCAAUGAAAAGAACAAAGAAUUAAACAUGAAGAUCAAUGUGAGUGCUAAGGAGACCAGCAGCAACAAGACUGAGAUCACAGACCUGAGACACACCCUUCAAGCUCUGGAGAUUGACCUGAAAUCUCAACUUGCUUUGAGGCAAUCACUUGAAGACACUUUGGCAGAAUCCGAAGGUUGCUACUGUGUCCAGCUCCUUCAAAUGCAAGGGCUGAUCAGCAACAUGGAGGCCCAAGUGUACCAAAUGAGAGAAGACAUGGAGUGCCAGAAUGCAGAUUACAGACAACUUCUGGACAUUAAGAUCCGCCUGGAGAAUGAAAUCGAUACCUAUCGGCGUUUGAUCAAUGGAGAAGCAAGUGAAUCUGGAUAUGGUGGUAGCAGAGAUGCAGGGACAAGAAAUCUGGGAUCUGGAACAAGCUCAGGAUUAAGAACUUCAAUAUCCGGUACUAGAGGCACCCCUGGGUCUGACGCAGAAUCAAGCUCUAGAAAAAGUGUAGCUACACAUUCUGAUACAAAGCCCAGAAACAAAGAUCCAAAGAAAAUGAUAGUGAUUAAAACAAUCAUCGAGGAAUUAGAUGAGCACGGGGGAGUUACAUCUUCCAAGAUUCAGUCUGUUGAAGAAAAUCCAGUUAUAUGAACAUCGACAUCAGGAGUAUCAACAUUACCCUAGAGCAUUUUUAGGAUGACAUUGCAAAGGAAACACAUAUUUGAACUGCAGCAUCAGAAUACCAAUAGUUACUUGUGUUAAUAAGAAGCCUCAUGUAUAUUCUUGUAUCUUUCCUUAGUAUUUUCUCUUGCACAUUGAAGGUAGGUUCCUGCAUGAAUAUUUGGUGAAUUAACAUCUCCUGUAAAGUUAUUUUCCACUAUUUGUCUAUGUGGAGUGGUCAAAACAAUGGGAUCUGUCACCCCACCAGUCAAGCUGUCUUUCGAGUUCUUUAGUCCUCUUAGAGACUGUAGUAGAGGGUGCUGAUAUGAUCUCUACAACACUGAGGCACAGGGCAAUGCCACUGAAGCGGCUAUAGAAUUUGGGAUUGGGAACUUGACUGAGCCUGUCUCCAGUCCUCGUAUUGACCCGAAGACCCUACUAUGCCAUCCUCUGGCCUUUUCCACACAUACCACUGAAAACAUUUGGAAAACAUUUUCCUCCUCCUCCACCACCACCACCACCACCACCACCACCACCACCCCUCCCCCAUCUUUAGCAUGAUGUAUUUCCACAUUCAUCCCCUUGAAGUGAUUCCUGGAUGCCAUUACAAGAUUUUUCCAUUGAUUUGUUUUAGUUCUGUGUUGUAUUAAUGCUUCAAUGUCUCAAAGCUUCUUGCUACAAUUAUCUAUUCCUCAUAUACUAGAAGCAUCGAAAAUUAGCCCCCCCCCCCAAAAAAAAAAUAAAAAGAAAUCUUGCAAAUAAACAGGCAAGGUUGAACUGUGAGCUCAGAAAAUGGCACCGAGGAGGAAGUUCAGGAAAACAGAGAAGCGAGGGAAACAUAGCAAGUAGGUCGCACCACAACCAAAGAUGUUUUCAGCCACAGAAUUGCUUUAAAAGGGGAUUCAUUUAAAAUGUUUUGAGGCUGGAAAUAAAAUGUUUUGGGGUAAAAACAAUGCAGAACUGCAUGGAGGAAACAUUUGAUUUCCUUCCCCAAAAUGUUUUAAAAGGUUUGUGCGGAAAGCAUCACUGAAGCCAGUGACAAGAUACUCACAGAAGCACAAGUCCCAUUCUCACUACAACAACUGCAGUAUCCCUCUUCAAUGCACAGAGUCUCUUCCAUCUGCCUCUCCCAUUCUGCUGCUCUACAUUAGCUCCUAGUUCUGUUAGAUAGGCUCUAGGACUCAAUUCUAAAACAAAGAUGGUCUAGCACUUGGCAGAUGAAAUUACUAUUCAACUUAGUUCUUUUUGUUGGAAAGGGUAUAGUCUUCCCAAAUGUAGCCUACCCCUUACUAAUUUCCUUCUCAACAACUUCUCUGGAGGAUUUCAAUUGUGGGUCAUCUGCAUAACCAUACUGAAGCUGUUUGUUACCAUUAUGUAUCAAAGUUAGGGGGUGGGGGGAGAAUGUUAUUAAAAGUCCCAAUCUAUCAUGAAAGCAU